GGAAGCGCAGGGGGAUGGGGCCGCGGUGACGCGAUUCUGUCCGCGUUGGAGGGGCGGCCGCCGCCGGAGUCGCCUCGGCUGCCGCGUGACGUGGCACAGCCGAAGACUUAACGCCAGAGCCGGAGCUGCCUCGCCAGUCGCCUAGCAGGUCCUCGCCUUUGCUAACUCUUGGUCCGGAGCUUCGUCAAACGCGCCGGGCAGAAGCCGCUUUCUUCAGCUCCUCUUCCCUCUCGCCCAGUUUGCCGGGGAGCGUGAAGGGGCAGGCCCGAAGACGCUCCAGUUCCUUCUGCUCCUGCCCAUCGCAAGUGCUUCUGCCGCCAUGGGCCUCACUAUCUCCUCCCUUUUCUCCCGCCUCUUCGGGAAGAAGCAGAUGCGCAUUCUGAUGGUUGGAUUGGAUGCUGCUGGCAAGACGACCAUUCUUUAUAAACUGAAAUUAGGGGAGAUAGUCACCACCAUUCCUACUAUUGGUUUUAAUGUGGAGACAGUAGAAUAUAAGAACAUUUGUUUCACAGUAUGGGAUGUUGGUGGUCAAGAUAAAAUUAGACCUCUAUGGAGGCAUUACUUCCAAAAUACCCAGGGUCUUAUUUUUGUGGUAGAUAGCAAUGAUCGUGAAAGAAUUGAGGAAGGAGCAGAAGUGCUGCAGAAAAUGCUUCAGGAAGAUGAAUUGCAAGAUGCAGUAUUACUGCUUUUUGCAAACAAACAGGAUUUGCCGAAUGCUAUGGCUAUCAGUGAAAUGACAGAUAAAUUAGGUCUUCAGUCUCUCCGUAACAGAACAUGGUAUGUUCAAGCCACUUGUGCUACACAAGGAACCGGUCUGUACGAGGGACUUGACUGGCUGUCAAAUGAGCUUUCAAAACGUUAAAUGAAACUGGAUAUCCAACCAAGGACAUAUUUGAUAGAAUUGGUCUAGGCUUGUUACAACAAAAUUAGUUUGCAUCUUGGUUAUUAAACAGUAUCUGGGACUGGUUUGGGCAGAAUAUUACAGCGUUUAAACUUAUAUUGUUGCCAAUUAUUGAUUGCCAAGUAUAAUAUUGCUAUUUAGCAAUAUGCUUGGCUUUAAAGAAAUUCUCCUUAACUUGGAAAAAAGUAUCCUCUUUUUACUUUCUACCCUUAAGCCUCAAUGCCUGGACAUAGCUGUUGUGACACCUUAAAAUAAAUAUGUUUUGAAUGUUUUUUAGCCCACAAUAAAUGAUGUUAAAAAGUUAUCCCCUUGCUACUUAGUACUGAUACCUUUAUCAUUCCUGGGACAGUCUGCUGAAAUGUAGCAUUCCAUUUGUAUUUAUUUUUCUCCCUUGCCAAAAAAAUUUUCUAAUACUGCUUGUGUCAGCCAGGGAAAGGUUCCAAAAACACUACCCAGAUCUCUUAUACUGAGGAACUUAUUUUUCCCCCAUUUUUGACUCCUGGCUUCCACCAGUCAAGCUUACUUUGGUGUGGUUUGGGUUUGAUAUUUCUGUGCUGGUUGCAAAGAGUUCCUAUUAAGAUGAUUUUUAAUAGUCAGCAGAUUGUCUUCCUUUAUAUUGUAUCUUUUUUAUGUUGCAUGUUGCUUUGGUAUCAGCCUCUUUGCCCACUAUAUGAUAAUUCUGCUGAUAUUUUAAUUGUUUACUGGUGAACAUAUCUUCUUUAAGAGAUUUUGGAAAACUCAUCAAACUCAAUAAGUUUUCUUUAUAACCCAUUUGGAAUUAUUCCUAAUAAAAUGAUAAAAGAUAUACUUGUGUAUGUUCUUUUUGAGUCCUGAAGAUAUUUGGAAUGAUUUUUCUUACUUAUUUUACAUAUUGUGAACAAAGAGUACUGAGCCUAGUGAGUUUAAUGAUUGCUUAAAUAGGAAAUAAAGUUUAGGUUGAUGUCAUUCAUUCAUGUGUAACAGUGGAAAUAGCUUCAUAAGGUUAGUUUUCGUUGAUAAACCAUUUGAUUCCAUACAUUUUUAAAGUCAGAUCAAACAAGAAGCAGUAACAAAAUGAACUGUUGCAGAGUGUGUAUUUAUACAGAUGUUUAACAGCUAACAUUUCAAGAAAAAUUCGAGUGCUAUUUGCAUGGCAUAGCAAAAUUAUAUAGACAAUGAGGCUGCUCUCCUAUAUAGAAGACAAAGUUCAUAAGAACUUUUGUAUCACGUAUUUCAGAAAUGCAGAAUGUUGCAUAUGACUUAAUUCCUUUUCAUGGUCAGUAAAAGGAAUGUACUGUAUUGAUGACUACGUCUAUUAAACUAUUAAGGACUUCA